UUGCGGGGGUUCCCGACACUUAUCCUGCGACACCCGGACCGCGACUGCGCCUGCGACUGCCACCAUGGAGCAACGCCGCCGGCCAGAGUACAACCUCGAGAUCUUUGCGGACCCGGCCUGUGUCAAGGACGUCGUCAAGGCGAUACUGCACACGAUAUUCUUCCACCGCUACUUCACCUCCAUCUCCCCCCUCACCCGUGACCUGCUCGACCUCACCCUCCCCGCCAUCGACGAUGUAGACUUGGAGACGCUCAUCGACCAGCGGACACUGGCCCUGGUACGCGCAAUAGACAGCGGCCACCAGCAGAAGCGCGGCCAGCUGUCCAUCCAGUUCUUCGAGAAGCGACGGAGGAAGACGUACUUUUCUUUUGGCAAGGCAGACGAGGAUGUUUGCUGGGAGCAGUGGACACUGGACGUCACCAUUGCGACGCCACGGACCGAGACUGACGUCCCGAAAAUCCGUCGCGCCAUGACCAAGUCUCUCGAGAAGGCGGCACACAAGAUCAUUUCGAUUGUUAACCGCGAGAAAGACCACAUCCCGCCCAUCACCACCACCGACUCGAACCCGUUUCCCUACCAGAUUGUCGUCAAUCCGAAAGCCGUACACGAGAACGAUAUAUGGCGGCCGCGCAUGGGUCUCUUCUGAGCCACAUAGCAAGGGUGGGCAGACGACAUUGUAUAUACACCCGCCAACCCGUGGUACAUAAGAGGAGGUUCAACACCGCCUGGAUUUAAUGACUCAGAAGAGCUGGAAAAGUUCCGGAGUUGGACUGGAUCGCUGGCACUAUGGCGUCAGGAAACACUUUCUCACUUGCUUGCCUCGA